ACUGUGGGAAGUGAAGUCCGGAGGCGAGCGGCUUCCUGUGCCAUAGUAAGUGUUACAGAGGGAAGAAGCUGGAGUGUAACAGGGCGGGCACAGUCAGGGUCCUACACAGAGCCAAACGCACUCUCACCCCACACAUACAUGCAUUUAGAUACACGGCCGGGGGAUAAACAAGCGGCGGUGCCGACUGGACUAUGGAGGAGGUGGAUCGCAUCCUCAUUCACUCUCUGCGCUCCUGUGGCACCGAGGUACCAGAGGACGUACAGAGCAUCCGUCAGUUCAACACAGAGCUUAUUGUGGAGGCAGUUGUGAGAUGUCUGCGCGUGAUCAACCCCUCUCUGGGUGCCACCCUCAGCCAUGUUCUACCCCCAGGCAUGUCUGCCCGUUUCCGCAUUGGCACCAGCUUGGCCCAGGCCUGCCAGGAUCUGGGGUAUCCAGGAGAAGUGGGGUACCAGACAUUCCUAUACAGUAGCGAGCCUGAUAUCCGAGCACUUCUCAUCUUCCUGGCUGAGAAACUCCCAAGGGACUCCCCCGAGGAUGCCCACCAGCCUGCAGGUAAAUCUGCACUUCUUCAAAGAGAGAUUGCAGCCACCAUAAAACGGCAGCUCUCUCUCCCCUGGCUUCCCUCAUCCUGCCGAAUCUGUGCUCUCCGGAGGUCUCAGAAUUCCUGUCGCUUGCACAGAUUUCACGCUCAGCCCCUGUCGUUAGCCACUGACCCUACCCUGAAAUCCAUCCCAGACGAAAGGAAGGAGUACUGGCAGUGCUACCUGCCCUCUGUCACUUCACAGUUGCCUCAUUUGCCCUCUGUUGCUGCUUCCCUGCUGGAAAGGAACACGUCCGAGCUCAGCGCCAAGCAGGAGUGGGAUGCUGAGUGGAAGAGUCAAGGUCUGGCUUCUCGCUUGUCCCCAGAGGAUUACCGGAGCAGGAAACGGCAGCGGCUGCAGAAGCGUAUACAGGAGCAGCUCCGGCAGUGCGCCCAACUUCUCGCUGAAAAUCAUUUGCCGUCCAGCUCUUCACAGGAUCUUACCGACAUGCUGAAGGCGUUCAACCUGGAUGGAGGCUCUGACCAGAAGAAGGGGUCCAGAUUCACUCGCACCCAGAGGUUCACUUACCAACAGGAUCCUCACACUCUAAAGGAACAGAUGCAGAGAGCAGCUGAGAUUCUCCCCAAGAAAGAUGCCCAGGACACAGAUGCCGAGCAGCAGGAGCUCUCAUCCUUGCAGGAGCAGAUUGACUCCAUAGAACAGGAAAUCCGAGGGCUGAGCGAGAGCAACAAGCGCCUGCAGCUGACUGUGAGCCAGGUGGAGGGAGAGGUGAAUGAGAUGCGCCAGAGCUGCGAGGAGAAAGAGAAAAUCGUCAGGGUAAAGAAGCGAGCGGUGGAGCUGCUCCCAGACGCAGACAACAACCUUGUCAAGUUACAGGCCUUGGUGGAUGCCAGUUCUCAUAGGAUGGCGAAUCUUGUAGGGCAGUGGGAGUCUCAUCAAGUUCGGCUCAGUGAGGAAUACAGGGAGCUGAAGCGAGUUCAACAGGAGCAGGAGGAUGAGUCGUCGCGGUGGAUGAAAGAUGCCAAGGAUUUGUACGAGAAGAUUCAGGGAGCGGCUGAUGAGGCGAAACGCAAGGAGGAGCUUUACAAGCAGCUGCUGUCAGAAUACGAGUCUCUCCCAAAGGAGGUGUCCCGAGCCGCCUACACCCAACGUAUCCUGGAAAUUGUGAGCAAUAUCAAGAAGCAAAAAGAGGAAAUCACUAAGAUCCUGUCGGACACUAAAGAAUUGCAGAAAGAGAUCAACAACCUGACGGGCAAGGUGGACAGGACCUUUGUUGUCACAGACGAGCUUGUCUUUAAGGAUGCCAAGAAAGAUGAGCCUGUCAGAAAGGCGUAUAAAUACCUGGCGGCACUCCACGAGAACUGUAGUCAGCUGAUCCAAACCAUUGAGGAUACUGGGACCAUCCUAAGAGAAAUUCGUGACCUAGAGGAACAGAUAGAGACAGAAACCACCAAGAAGACUUUGAGUAAUCUACAGAAGAUCCUGGAAGAUUAUAGGGCCAUUAAACAGGAGAAUGCUCAGCUACUGGCCCGAAUCAGGGAGGCUUAAUGUUGCGCAGCCCAUAAUAAUGCCCCCUCACCCCAUCAGUUAUACUUGUAACACAAAUCAGCCAUCAUUUCCCUCACUAAAUAAUAGCCACCUACCAAACAGAGGAUCAUUUCACCUGUUUUUCUACCUUAAACAAAGCGGCCAAAAUAAUGUGAGCUCCUAUGCGAUUAGAGCAUUUUUGUAAUGUUUCAGGAACUCUAAGGAGCUAUAAUGUUAGUUUAAUAAUAUGAAAUCAUUAUAAUAAACACAUGCUAUAAAAUCUAAA